AUGAUGUUGUUCUACGUGAGUUGCAGCUUGCUGCUGGCACUGGCGACUUUUCACGGCGCCGCUGGAUCAGAAAUGGUGUUCCGUUGUCCGAGCUGCACCGCGGAGCGCCAGGCGGCUUGCCCGAUGCUCACGGAGCCGUGCGCGGAGAUUGUGCGCGAGCCGGGCUGCGGCUGCUGUCCGGUGUGUGCCCGGCAAGAGGGCGAUCUGUGCGGCGUUUACACGCCGAGAUGCUCCAGUGGUCUGCGGUGUUAUCCCAAGCCGGAUUCGGAGUUGCCCCUGGAGCAGCUGGUUCAAGGGCUCGGGAGAUGUGGACGUAAAGUGGACACUGAGCCCACGGGGAGCGCAGAGCCUCGGGAAGUCAGCGGUGAGGUACUGGACCCACUGGACAUUGGUCUGACUGAGGUUCCUCCCAUAAGGAAGCCCACCAAAGAAUGGAAGGAGAGUGCUGUCCUGCAACACCGCCAGCAGCUGAAGACCAAGAUGAAGUACAUCAAAGUAGAGGACCCUAAAGCGCCGCAUGCCAAACAGAGCCAGUGUCAGCAGGAGUUGGACCAGGUGCUGGAAAGAAUCUCAAAAAUACCCUUCAGAGAUAACAGGGGUCCCCUGGAGGACCUUUACUCCCUGCACAUACCCAACUGUGACAAGAGGGGGCAGUACAACCUGAAACAGUGUAAGAUGUCAGUGAACGGGCAUCGUGGCGAGUGCUGGUGUGUGAAUCCACACACAGGGAGACCCAUCCCCACCUCUCCACUGAUAAGGGGCGAUCCCAACUGCAGCCAGUACCUCGAUGGCCUAGAGAUGGAUCCCUCUGUGGACCCUCAAAACUAAAAAUAUCCUGAACCUUCCCAUCUUGACCUUCAAGCCUAAAAAACCCACAACCACAACCCAAAGAGAGUGUUUCACACCCUCUAAACAAGCUACAAAUAUACCUUGUGUGUUUAUACAUUUUUGCGCUUGUAGAUUUAAGAUGGUUUGAAACAGUGUUGUUGCAGUUAAAGUACUGAUAUAACUGAACUGAUAGUACUUAAAUUAAAUCCAAAUGAUGACAUAUGACCAGAGGACUGAUAAUACUACUUUUCUGUAGGAAAUUAACUAGAACUGUAAACUUAUCUUUAACACUUUUACAUACUUAGUAUGUCUCUUGUGCUAAUCAUAAUGUGUACGGUUGUAUUUCUCUCAUGUUGCUGGUGCUAUUAGUUUCGAUACACUUCUCUCAUACGAGGAAAUGCGAAGGUAGGGUUUUUUACUGGAUAGGACAGUCGCGAGCUAGUUCCUUACCUUAAAUGAUUUACAGAAAUAAAAUAUACGAGGCUGCUUACGAAGUCUUAAAAAAUUCCUGAUGUAUGCAAAUAAAAGUUGUCCGUUUGAUUUUUUUGUGAAUGCAUCGGGAGUAUUCAAGCCAUUUAGUACUCGGGCUGCAUCCGAAAUCACAUACUCUCUUGAGUAGGUACUAAAUCACAACCACUAAAAAAAGUAUGUUCUAUAUAGUAUGGAUAUAAUCUGGACGUACUACAUUCACCAUGUUGUGACUUACCAGCGUCAGCUGAUUCACAAAUCCUCUCCUGUGGCCUCAUGGGAUACAGUAGGUCAUCCAGGUACUUUUUUAUGAAUACUGUGAAUUUGGACAUACUUCUUUUGUCACAUACUGUUUUUUGCCUACUAUACAGUAGAGAAGAAUGAGCUUUCAGAUGCAGCCCAACACUACGCAUAUAUACUAAUGCAGUUGAUGUUCUGUUACGAUUGCAUGUCACUGCUGACAUCUGGUGGUCACACUAAGGAAGAGAAAACAUAAUUAUAACACUGCAUAAAAUCUCAUUGAAGAAGUGUUGAAUAGAUUUAACACAGAGAGCUGUUCACUAACUAUUUUAACUUAACAUUGUGAUUUACUUUGUGCAAAUUUUAUACACAAUUCAACCUUUCUGUUAGGUGUCAUUGUCACUUGCUCUUUUGGACCCUGUGUUUUACAUGUACACAAAUAAAGAAGUAUUUCAAGGUA